UUAUAAAAUAAAGCUUUAAAAUUUAUAACAAAGCGAAUCUAUAUUUUAAGAUAUUUCGUCAUUUGCUUAUUAUUAUAUUUUAUUAUGUACAUAUGUAUAUAUGUUGUACUGCGUAUUUUACUAUACAUGCAUACAAUACGCAAUAUACGGCGGAAAAAGCGUUUCAUCUUUCCAAACGAUAUCACACCAUUUACCCAUUCACACUUCAUACUCACGUUUUCCGUUUUAGAAGAUCGGGGGUGUGGUUAUUGAUGGUGUAGAACGCGUUUUUUUAGGUACCUUAUUAAUAAUGGAAUUUCUUUUAAACAAAUACAGACACUUAGAAGAAAGGAUAUUGCAAAGUUUGAAAGAUAAUGGCAUAAAACAUCGUAUAAAAGCUGACAGUGGACUAUGGCUUGGAACAUUAGUAGGUUUAAGUGCAGUUUUAACUCUAUUAAAGGAAGGUGCUAGUUACUCUGAAAUCUGCCUCAUUGUGGGUCUCACAGGAAUUGGUCUUGUUAUUAGUUCCAUAUGUUUAUAUUUGAAAUUGUCAACUGAGAAAGUGACAGUUAAAGAUUUUCAAGCUAUAUAUUUUUUACCAGCUAUAAUAACAUCCUUAUUAUACCUCCUUGUAGUAAAUAAAGGAUUACUGGUGAGUGUCACAUGGGGCUUAAGUAUCGGAAGUUUAGGAACAUGGGGUAUUCUUCAAUUGAUGUCUACAUUUCCUUGUUGUUUCACAAUUGGAGAAGCAACAGCAGUUAUGCAUGGAUGUAUUUUGUUUCUAAUGUCUGUAGUAACAAACUUGCCACUAAGAUAUCAUUUACCACCAAUCCAUGAUGACGAUAUUGCAACAGUUAUUUUACAGGUUGCAAUGUUAUAUGUGAUAUCAGUGUGUUUAAUAUCUAGUUAUUUUCCAAUGUUUCGCUUAGCCAGAAAUUUUUAUUUAAUGACAAUCACACUUUUAUUGAUUGUAGUCUUACCAUUAAUGUAUAUUUUAUUGGAUCAAAAUCCUGUAAUCUGGACGUUUUACUUUGUUUGCAAUAAAACAAAUAAGAUCAUGUUAAUUGGAUACUGGGCUUUAUGUUUAGUACUAGGUGUAAUAGUUGUCAUCUACCAGGUAUUAUUAAAUCUCCAAGCAACAUCUUCAACUCGAAAAAUGUUUCACUUAUUGGCUGUACUUGUGUAUAUACCUGGUUUAAUAUAUGAACGCAUAUUGUUGUAUCUAGCUAGUGGUGUAAUAAUGGGACUGUUUGUAUUUCUUGAGUUGAUGAGGUACUUACAAAUAUCGCCUCUUGGAGAAUUAUUACAGCAGGGAUUUUCUGUGUUUGCUGAUGAGAAAGAUAAUUUGAUUUCUUUAACACCUCUCUAUUUGCUCUGUGGUUUGUCUUUCCCACUUUGGAUGCCUACCAACAAUCUUUCAUUAUUAGCUUUGCUUAGUGGUAUCUUAACAGUUGGUGUGGGUGAUACUGCUGCUAGUUUUGUUGGUAGUAGAUGGGGUUUUCAUAAAUGGACCAAUUCAGAUAAGUCUGUUGAAGGAACUAUUGCUUGUAUUUUUAGCCAAAUCGGAUUAAUAUGUCUUUUAGCAUUUAUAGGCUACGUAGAUAAUGGUUGGUUAUUUUUACAAAGCUUAUUAUCGAGUAUCGUGUUGUCAUUUAUUGAAGCACAAACAAAUCAAGUUGACAAUCUGGCAUUACCAUUGUUCAUGUACAUGUGUCUAAUGGUCUAAGCAAACAAUAGGUAACAGUAACUGUUUUAAAACAAAUUUGAACAUAUUUGAUUGUUCAAUGUAGUGUGGACCAAAGGUGUAGUGUUUCCUUAAUUCAUUUCUUUCUUUGUGUCGUUAUAUUUGAAGAUACGUAUAUAUUUCCUUGUAUAUAACAUCCUUUUUCACACUAACUUGUUUUGUUACGAGUAAUACUUAAAAUUAGUUACUAGUCAAAAUUUUUUUUUUGCACUAUAUGCUGUUUCAUUAUUAUAUAGCUCUAUAGUUUUAUAUCAUUUAAAAAUGUAUGCAUUAUUGGAAAUAUUUAUUUUGUAAUUUAUAUUUCAAGUGAAUAACGGAAAAAUCUUACUCAUGUAUAUUACUGUUGAAAGUUAUGUUAAAUAAUAUUUAUAUAAAAUUGUUCAUAUUUGUAUAUAAAUAUUAUAUUAAAUGUGUAUAUGAAUUUGUUUGAAACACAAAAUAGCACAUGAAACAUUAGCUACUUUAUCCUUGAUAUUGCAUUUAAUCAUCUGAUUUGUUUAAAAAAGAUGAACGGAAUGCCUGUACUGUUACGACGACUCACAUAAUUUGGUAUUCCGUAACGCAUAAUUUAUUCAUUCCUACCGAUGCAUUUUUGUAUUUCACUCGAAAGAGUUUGUAAACAAAAUCUAAUAAUAAAAUAUUUUUAUAGUUGUA